GCACGAUGGCAGCGCAUCCUCGGCUUGGUUUUGUGUGCGACCGACGAGAGGCACCGGAGACCUCUGGGAAAAGCGCGGGGUCUGAGAUGGAUUUGGUUUCGUCACUAUUUUUUUUUUCCUCCUUUUUUUUUUUUCUUCCUUUCUUUUUUUCCUCCCUUUUUUACGGCUGUCCGGCAGAGAAAAGCUGCAGCGUCCUUCGCUUUCUUCCUUGGUGGCCUUUUUUUUUUUCUUUCCCCUUUGCUGAAGGUUCAGAAGUGCCUGGGAAUCUUUUUUUUUGGGGGGGGGGGGGACGCAGAGCCAGCGGGCGACCCCAACAGCUGCCUCUGCCCCCCCGACCCCCCCGGGCGGAGCUGCGGCCCUGUGUCCCGCUGAGCCCCGCUCGCUUUGGCCCCGUUCCUCCUCCCUCCUUUGCUCGGCACUCGACGUGGGGAAGCGCCCGGCUCCGCCGCUCCUUGCUUCUCCUUCAGGUCCUGUUUGCUCUGGAGGUUGGGAGCGGAGGAGGGAGGUGAGGGAGUUCGUUCCCUUCUCCUCUUCCCGGAUGGAACUCGGAUCCCUUGGGCUGCCGCCAAGGCGCCGUGCCCCGCACCGCAGCCCCGAGGCCGUUGCCCUGCUCCGCGCCCGGCAGCCUGGACUCCCAGGGAGCCCCUCGUGCGGGUCGUCCCCCCUUUAUGGGGGGCGGGGGGGUCCCGCAUGACGCCCCGCAGCGCGGGCUGAGCAGAUCGGGGCUGCGAUGCGACCCCCGGCUCUGCUUUCCCCUCUCUGCGCGGCCCGACAUCGGCCCCCCCGGGAGCGAGGCGGGACGCUGCAGCUUUUCCGACCCUCCCCGUUUUCCCUCUGUCUCCGCUGUUCGGUUUGUUUUUUUUUUAUUCCGUUUGGUUGUUUUGCUUUGAGGAAGCUCCUCCAUCGCAUUUAAAUAACGAAUCGUGGUAACAGAACUCAGCUGCUGAUCUACCGAUGUAUUUAAUGUCCCGCCGCGAUGCUGCUGCUCCGCGUUGUCCCCCGGCGCAGAGUCCGUCUGCCCCUCCCGCCGCUCCCUCCGCACCGCGGCUCCUCCCGGACGGACAUCGUCCCCGGCGGUCCGGGCCCGGGGGGGGGCGGCGGCGGGCGAGUGGUCCCGGUGUUGGCGGCGCUGCUCGGCCUCGGCGCGGCGCUGAGCUAUGGAGAACGGCGGCGGAGGGCCGCUCACGCCGCCGCCGCCGCCCCGUCGUACCCCCGGUACACACGGGAGGAGGUGGGGCGGCACCGGAGCCCCGAGGAGCGCGUCUGGGUGACCCACGGCACCGACGUGUUCGACGUCACCGACUUCGUGGAGCUGCACCCGGGGGGACCCGACAAAAUCCUGCUGGCGGCCGGUGGGGCCCUGGAGCCCUUCUGGGCACUGUAUGCGGUGCACGGAGAACCGCACGUCCUGGAGCUGCUGCAGCAGUACAAGGUGGGCGAGCUCAGCCCCGACGAGGCACCGCCGGCCCCCGACGCCCAGGACCCCUUCGCCGGGGACCCCCCCCGGCACCCCGGGCUGCGGGUCAACAGCCAGAAGCCAUUCAACGCGGAGCCGCCGGCCGAGCUGCUGGCCGAGCGCUUCCUGACGCCCAACGAGCUUUUCUUCACCCGCAACCACCUCCCGGUACCGGUGGUGGAGCCCAGCUCCUACCGGCUGCGGGUGGACGGUCCCGGCGGCCGCACGCUGUCGCUGUCUCUGGACGAGCUGCGGAGCCGCUUCCCCAAACACGAAGUGACGGCGACCCUGCAGUGCGCCGGUAACCGCCGCGCCGAGAUGAGCCGCGUGCGGCCCGUCAAAGGGCUGCCGUGGGACAUCGGCGCCAUCAGCACGGCGCGGUGGGGCGGAGCGAGGCUGCGGGACGUCCUGCUGCACGCCGGCUUCCCCGAGGAGCGCCAGGGCGAGUGGCACGUCUGCUUCGAAGGCUUGGACGCCGACCCCGGGGGGGCUCCGUACGGAGCGUCCAUCCCCUACGGCCGCGCGCUCAGCCCCGCCGCUGACGUGCUGCUGGCUUACGAGAUGAACGGCGCCGAGCUGCCCCGCGACCACGGCUUCCCGCUCCGCGUCGUGGUGCCCGGCGUGGUGGGCGCGCGCAGCGUCAAAUGGCUGCGACGCGUGGCCGUGAGCCCGGCCGAGAGCCCCAGCCACUGGCAGCAGAACGACUACAAGGGCUUCUCCCCCUGCGUGGAUUGGGACACGGUGGAUUACCGCACGGCCCCCCGCCAUCCAGGAGCUGCCGGUGCAAUCGGCCGUCACUCAGCCGCGGCCCGGAGCCGCGGUGCCGCCGGGGGAGCUGACGGUGAAGGGUUACGCGUGGAGCGGCGGGGGGCGCGAGGUGGUGCGCGUGGACGUGUCGCUGGACGGCGGGCGCACGUGGAACGUGGCGCGGCUGGCGGGAGAAAAGGCCCCGCUGGGCCGGGCGUGGGCAUGGGCGCUGUGGGAGCUGACGGUGCCGGUGGCGGCGGGGACGGAGCUGGAGAUCGUCUGCAAAGCGGUGGACAGCAGCUACAACGUGCAGCCCGACAGCGUGGCGCCCAUCUGGAACCUGCGCGGGGUGCUGAGCACCGCCUGGCACCGCGUCCGUGUGUCUGUGCAGGACUGACGGCCGCCCCCACGGCUCUGUCGCCCCGCGGCAAUGUCAUCCCGCAGCAUUGUCACCCCCACGGCUCUGUCGCCCCGUGGCCCGCCCUGGAUGCGGCCGUGCCGCUGCUGGCACGAAGGUCGCUGCUUUACGGCCCCUGAAAGUGAGAGGUGUGAAUGCGGCUCCAUAAAGAUUGCGCAGCUUU